CCACUCAGGCGGGUGUAGAGCCGAGGAGGCAGGGCUCCCAGAUGUCCACAGACACCAUGGUGUCCAACCCCAUGUUCGACGCCAACGAGUUCCCCGACAACUAUGAGUCGGGCCGGGCCGAGGCCUGUGGGACCCUCUGCAGGAUCUUCUGCAGCAAGAAGACCGGCGAGGAGAUCCUGCCCGUUUACCUGUCCAGGUACCCACAUGUUUAACGUAGUGUUUCCCAAUCCUGGGCUUGGUGACCUAAAGGGGUGCACAUUUUCUGCCCUAGCUUUAACAUAUUUGAUUCAACUCACCUACUUGAUUUGACUCCUUUUGAUUAUUUGAAUUAGGUGUGGUAAUGCUAGGGCAAAAUCAAGAAUGUGCACCCCUUGGGGGCCCCAGGACCAGAGUUAUGUGGCUGUUCAUCAUACUUAGCCAGCUAACUUAAUAAUGCUGCUUUCUGGAUUCUCCUCUAGGUCUGUCUAAAAAGCUCCACUUAGACUAAACCAUUCUCUGUCUCCGCUCCCCAGGUUCUACAUGGUUCUGAUCCAGGGCCUCCAGAUCUCCGACUACAUCUGCCGACCGGUCCUAGCCAGCAUCGUCCUCAACUCCUCUGCCCUCUUCUGCUCCGACCUGAAGGGCAUCAAC